AUGGUUCCUGCAACCGAAUGGCGAAGAAUGCAAGAGUUGGUCAACCAAAGAAGAUACGAAUAUCAGUUGAAAUCUUUCCAGAAAAAUUUUGAUAAAUAUUUAAAAGAAGGAUCAGAGGCUUUGUCAUCGAAAUGGACUGAUAAUCUCAUUAAAUUAAAAGAAGAAAACAUGCGAAGAAUGUUGGAAAAACGUGCUCAACAAGAUCACAGGAUGACAGAAGAAGAAUUUCAAGAACUCAAAAAGAAGAGAACUGAAAUAACACCAGAUCAGGCUAGAACCAGAUCGAAAUUUAUUAAGAAAAUUGAACCAUUUUUGAAAAGAGAUGUUGCUGGUCCAAAAAUGCUAGAAAGUGCUUUGCUCAUAAGUGAUGUAAUUUAUGAAAGAGAUCAACAACUUGAAUACCAAGAAAAACUACGAGAUGAUGAAAAACUUAAAGAAAAACUUCAUGGUGAAUUUGUUAUAAGAGAAGCCAAAAAACAUUAUAUGGAAGAAAUGACCAAGAGAAAUAAAAGAUUGCAGGAAUAUGAUGAAUAUAAGAAUUCUGUAUACCAACAAAAAUUAGAGCAUGCCCACAACAAAAAACUAGAACUUGACCAAAAAAUUAAAGAUGAGUCCAAAGAAUUGGAAGAGCAAACUCAAAGAUUCAACAAUAUACUGCAACUCGAAAAUUCAAAGAUAUUAAAGAGUAAACAACAAGCAAAACAAAAUUAUUUAGAAUGUUUGGAGUUAAAACAAGCACAUGAUGAAAAAAUGCAGAAAAUAAAUGAUGCUGAACGCCAAGAUAUUCAAAAAUUUGAAGAAGGCCAAGUUAGAUUGAAAGCUAUUACAAAAAUGAGAGAAAAACAGAUGAAACGAGAAAAAGAUGAAGAAUUAAAAAGAGUUUCCAAGAAAAUUUACUCUAUGAUCAAACCAGAUUAUACAGAAGAAGAAAAAUGUCUCAAAAACGCUGAAAUAGAAAAUGACCUAAAAUUUCAUGAACGCCAAGACAAAAUGUUAGAACACAAAAAUAAAUUAGCAGAAGAAAGACGAAAAACUUAUGAAGAAUAUCUUAGAGAAACUGAGAAAAGAAUUCGUGAUAUUAUGGAGAAAAAUAAUGAAGAUUGGGCUAACCAGAUGAAAGAAGUUGAAAGAGUUAAAGCUCUAGAAAGACAAGUAAACAAAGAAGCUAAUAUGAAAGUUUAUACAAAUUAUCAAGAAGAUGAUGAACAUUUUUUUAAGUAUGCGAAGAGUAUUCUUAGAAAAUAUAAAAAUCAGGAGAAACCUUUGUUUCCUAUACAUGUGGCCAUACAGAAAUAUAAAGAUGCAAAUGAGAUCGAUAAGAAGAUUGUGGUUCCCAAACAUUUAGUAUCGAAAGUUCCAAUAAAUAAAAAAUCAGAGUAA